AUUUCUUAAAGUCCCGGCCGUGGGAGGCAGUGACGGCUCCCCGCCCAGGAUGUUGCGAAGGCUUGGCUCAGGGAGGAAGAAGUGCUUCCAGCCCGAGGGCCCCGCUCCGUUUCGGAGGAGCCGCAAGGGCUGCGGUUCAGAGGUGGCCUGGGGGAAGGCCCACAAGCACAGCAACGGGCAUUUUUAACUUUACAUUUUGGGGACUUCUGGAAUGAGGAGGGCCUGCAGCACAGAUGGCAACCCCCGGAGAUGACAGGCUGGGGCCCAGGGGGGCUGGACCUGGCCCCCCAGACCUGAGGUUCCCCAUCGCUGGAGGAGAGGUUUAUGGGAAGAGUCUGUCAUCGUCUCCAUCGCAGCCCUUGGCUGCAAUGGCUCCUUGGAACUGAGCCCUAUUAAUAGAGGAGAGGAAUGCCGGCAGAAGAUUGUUGUCCCUGUCACUUUGGGGGCUUUGUCCCAGGCAUGGGGGCAAGCUGGCGGCGUCGCACUGGAUUUGACGGGCCUCUGGUUUUAUCCCGCUGCCAUCUUUCCCACAAUGGAAAUGAGCCACUGCGAGAGCACAAGAAAACUUAAAUGUCGUCUCAGACCCGUUUGGCGCCUCCAAGCACACAGCUUGAGCUGCCGCCACUCUCUUCCGCUGAUCUCUUCUGCUUUAGCAAUGAUCCAGGAACAUCCUUGGGUUGCUGUUGUGAAGAUCAGACCCCACACUCUGGGCUGUUUGGGGUUGGAGAACCCCAGGUUUUAAUCCUAAACAACCUCAAGUCUGUGUCCUUGGCUGAGCAUUGGAGUGCAGUGGGCUAUGGGAUGGAUGGCGCUGAGCAGGACCAGUAUGAAGCCCACCUCAAAGAGCUUUUCGACAGCUUCGAUGGCACCGGCACCGGCUCUCUCGGCCGGGAGGAACUGACCGAGCUCUGCCACGUGCUCCACUUGGAGGAAGUUGCGCCGGGCGCGUUGCAACGGACGCUUCUGCAGGACGAUCUCCCGAGCCGGGUCCACUUUGACCAGUUCAAGGAUGCCUUGGUCCUCAUCUUGUCCAGUACAUUAACAAACGAGGAGUCCUUCCCGCAACCAGAUUCUUCUCCAGAAGCCCAACCAAAAUACAUCAAGGGCGGGAAACGCUAUGGGCGGCGCUCCAUGCCCGAGUUUCCGAAACCCGUGGAAGAGUUUGCGGAGGUGACAGUGUUUGAUCCCGGGAACGAGGCGGCUCAGCCGUCCUGCAUCCCCAGCGACGGCUGUGAUGAGCACUGGAGAUCCCAGGACAGUGAGGAAUACGAAGCCGAAGGCCAGCUGAGGUUCUGGAACCCCGAUGACUUGAACGCAGCCCAGGCCAACUCCCCGACGCGGGACUGGAUAGAGGGGAAGCUGCGCGAGGUGUGCGAGAGCCUCGGCAUCUCCCGGGACGGCCACCUGAGCAGGAAGAAGCUGGUCUCCGUUUGCGAGCAGUAUGGGCUGCGGAAUAUCAACACCCAGGUGCUGGAGGACAUCUUCCAGAACCUCGAGCCCAGCAACAGCACAAUGAGCAUCGAAGACUUUUUCUAUGGCUUGUUCAAAAUCGGGAAGCCUCUCCCGCCGUCCGCCUCCACGCCGUACAGACAACUCAAGCGGCACCUCUCCAUGCAGGCCUUUGAUGAAAGUGGGAGGCGUACCACAACACCAUCCGCAAUGACCAGCACCAUUGGCUUCCGGGUGUUCUCCAGCCUGGAUGAUGGGUUGGGUUAUGCUGAGGUGGAACAGAUCCUCGAUGCCUGGCACGAAGAAGGCAUAGAAAACAGCCAUGAGAUCCUGAAGGACUUAGACUUCAGCCUGGAUGGGAAAAUCAACCUAGCAGACCUCACCCUUGCUCUGGAGAAUGAGCUGCUCGUGGCAAAGAACAGAAUAUAUCAGGCAGCGCUGGCCAGCUUCAAAGCAGAGAUCCGCCACUUGAUGGAACGAGUCGACCAGGUUGUCAGGGAAAAGGAGAAGUUGCGCUUGGACCUGGAGAAGGCAGAGAAGCUGACGUCGCGCAUGGCCUCCGAAGUGGAUGACCACCAUGCUGCCAUCGAACGCCAGAAUGAGUACAACCUCAGCAAGCUGGAUGAGGACUACAAGGAGCGGGUUGCGGCUCUCAGAAAUGAGCUCCGAAAAGACCGCGAGCAACUCCAGCUGCAGGCCGGCAAGCAGCGGGCCGAGCUGGAGCAGGAGAUGGAGAAGCUGCGAACGGAAGAGAACUACCUCCGUGACCGCUUGGCCCUGACCCUGAAGGAAAACAGUCGCUUGGAAAAAGAGCUCCUGGAGACCGGAGAGAAGCUGGUGAAAUACGAGAGCACAGUGAGCAAGCUGCAAAAGUACUGGGAAAACGUCCUUGCAGAGAAGUUCGGGGACCUCGAUCCUGGCAGCGCGGAGUUCUUCCUGCAGGAGGAGCGGCUGAUGCAGAUGAAGAACAAGCACGAGGCGCAGUGCAGGGAGCUGCAAGAUCAGAUCGAUGAGCUGCAGUCUCAGCUGGAGUCGUUCCAGGCACAAGGCAGAGCUGGCCGCUCUCCGCUGAAAAACUCACUCUUUGAGGAGCUGGGCCAUGGCGCAGCGGAGUGCGAUCAAGAACCGGCUUCUGAGGAUUGCAACCCGCUGAACAUGAGCAUUGAGGCCGAAAUGGCCAUUGAGCACAUGAAGGAGCAGCACCACCACGACCUGCGCAACUUGCGACAGGGCCUGGAAGAGACGAUUUGCCACUACGAGAAGCAGCUCGAGGAGGCCAAGGCCCGCGGCGAGGAGGAGCAGGAGGCCCUCCGGCGGCAGCACAGCCAGGAGAGGCGAGCCCUGGAGCAGCAGGCGGAGCAGCUGCAGGCCCGGGUGUCCGAGCUGGAGGGCGAGCUGGCGGGGCUCCGGCGGGAGGCUGCCCCCCGCGAGAGCGUGGAGGAGAGCCGCCUGCAGGCGUGUCUGCGGGAGAAGGCCAGCCUGAUGGAGCAGCUGCAGCUGCAGCACGAGGGGGCGCUCCGGGCCAGGCUGGAGGAGGCGCAGGAGGCCUUUCGGCGCGAGCGCGAGGAGCUGGUGCGGGCCCGGGCGUGGGCGGAGGAGCAGAUGCGGGCCCUGGCGCGGACCGCCCGGGAGGAGAAGGCCGAGCUGGAGGACGGCUUCCAGCGGCAGCUGCAGAGGCUGGUGGAGGAGCACGCCCUGGAGAAGGACCGGCUGCAGCAGGACCAGCUGGGCCAACACCUGCAGGAGCUCCAGCAGCAAAGGACAGAAAUGGAAAGUGAGUUUAGCAGAAGACUGUCCUGGGCAGAGGAGCAGUUCGGCGCCGAGCGGCAGGCACUCAUGCACAAGUACGGGGACGCCGUGAAAGGACUGGAGGAGCGCUACCAGCACGAGCUGCGGGAACUCGCCAAGCUGCAGGGGGAGGAGAGAUCCAAGUGGGAAUUCGAGCGGGACGAAAUAGCCCAGGAAGGUGCUGAAGCCCAGGAGCGGUGGGGGGAAAUGCUGGAGAAGGAGAAGGCCGUUUCUGCGGCCCUCGCCCAAGAGAGGGAGCGCCUGGAGAAGGACUUCAAGGAGCAGGCCAACUCCUUGGCGCUGGAGAAAGGGCAGCUUCAGAAGGAGCUGCGGGACAUGAAGGCGCAAGAGGGUGCGCUGCAGGAGAGGCUGGCGCAAAUCCAAGCCAGCCACGAAGCGGAACUCGAGAAGAGGGACAGAGAGACGUCUGCCAUGGAAGGAGAACAGCGGCGAGCUGUGCACGAGAAGGAACUGCUGAACUCCAGGCUGGCGUCUGUGGAGCAUUUGAAGCAAGAGGCCCUCCGCAAGGCUGCAGAAGAAGAAAGAGCGCUGAGAGCGAAGAUGGAAGAGGCCCAGCGGGAACUGCAGCACCUGUCCGAACGGCAGAGGAAUUUAGUCCUUCUGAACAAAGAAACGCAAACGUGCAAGAGUGAUUCUCCAGGGCCUGCCAGUCCCCAGGAGGCAGGAGAGGCGAGAAGCUUUCUCUCAGCCCAGGAAGAUGUUCCAGAGACGACAGGAGGAAGUGAUGGAGCAGCUCCUCCUGGGAUGGGUAAGUUACUGGAAGAGCCGGCGAGGGGGCCAAGCCCAUCCCCUGGGUUCGUCCCAUUGCUUCCGGAAGCAUUUGUGGACUCUCACCUCCUAAAUAGCACCACCGAAGGCCACUGUCCAGCAGAAUCAGAAGAUGGGAUGCAAGCGUCAGAUGGGCGAUUGGAAGGCACCCUUUCUGGAGAAACCAUGGAGACCUCCCUUGUCUCGGAGGAGGCCCGUGAAGGCAUUUGGGCAGAGAAUGAAGCCCUCAAACGCCAGCAGCGCCUGCUUCAAGAGCGGAUUGCUCAGCUGGAGGCAGAAUGCGACCGGGCAGCCCAUGACCGACAAGAUAUGGCCUCCCAGGUCCAGAAGGAGCUCGAGGAGAUCUUGAAGACCAUCCCGCAGCCGAAGCCCCUGCUCUGUGGAAGUGAACGGAGUGAGGAAGGAUCCCACUGGGAAACGGCGGACGGUUCCACCAGAAGCAAAUCGUUCUUUGUGGAGGCUUUGGGGGCUGAACUGACGGCUGCGGAGAUGAGUGACGUUUCUCCUCCGCUUGAGAUCAGCCUCAGGGAAGGGGCUGGGACUGAGCAAGGAGGGCUGGAAGAGCUGGUGCCGGAGCUUUGGGGCACAGUGGCCGAGAAGGACGUUUGCUUCAGAGCUCAGCCCAAGGGUCUGCGGUUGCCAGAAGAACUCAAGCUGGAAAACCGGGUCCUGAAAGCCGAGAUGAUCAAGCUGCUGGAACGGAACAGCAAGCUGGAAGGCUACCUGCCCAGUCUGGCCAGCUUGCAGGGCAGGCUGGUCGAAAUUGACCAAGAAAGUCUGGUCCUCAAGGAGGAGAACUUGCAGCUGUUGCAGAAAGUGAGGGAGCUGGAAGAGGGCCGCAGCCGGUUUGCUAAGGAGAACGCCGAGCUGCAGAGCUCCAAGCUGGCUCUGCAAAGCCAGCUGGAGAAGCUGGAGGAGUUUGCGGUGAACCUGAAGGCCCUGAAGCGGGGCAGGCCUGGCCGCAGCGAGGAAGCGGCCAAGGAGACGGCGGAGGUGGAAAAGAAGGGCCUCCAUGAACUGAACAGGAAGCUCAAGGAGAAAAUAGCCGUGCUGCUGAGGCAGAAGGGCACGCACGCGCAGGAGAAGGACGGCUUGAACACGGCCCUCCGUGGCUUGCAGAACACCUGUGCCGCACAGCAGCGGCGGCUCGAGUCCUUGAGAAGUGAGGCUGAGCAUCUCAGGGAGGAAAACCUCGCUUUGAAGAACAAGGUGGCCUUCUUAACCGAGGAAGGGAGCGUGUCCGGCCUGCAGUCCAGGGAGCUGCAUGGAGAAGAACUCCGGCAAAAAGUAGAAACUGUGCAGAAGGAGAAAGCAGCCGUGCAGAAGAUGGCUGAGAAUCUGAAGCAGCAGGCGUCGGAACUGAAAGCCAGGAACCAGCAGUUGGAACUGGAAAACGCCGAACUGGGCCGCAAGAGCUCCCCCACGCAGGCGGAGGCGCACGAUCUGAAUCAGCGGUUCGUGAGGAUGCUUCGGCAGAAGGAGAAGGCGGCCGGGAGGGCUGCGCCGGAGGACUGGGGCAGAGAAGGCUCCCGGCUGCUGGAAGAGCUGGAGAACUGCAAAAUUCAGUCCUCGGCGCUGGUCUCGUCCUUGGAGACGGAGCUGUCCCAGCUCAGGGCUCACGCCUCUGCUCUGGAGCAGGAGAACCACUUCCUCAAGGAAGACCUGGAGAAGGUGAAGCAGCUGCCCAGGUGCCCUGACCUCUCGCACCUCCAGAACAAGAUUUCCUGCAUCACUGUGAAAAAUGAGAAACUGUUGAAAGAGAAGGAGACGCUCAGCGAAGAGCUGAACCGAUGUGUGGAGAAGGUGACCAAAGCGGCCUUCCUGGAGAGCCUCGUGGCUUCCUUGAAGCAGGAGAAGUCCUCCCUGGAGCACCAGAACCAGGCUCUGAAAGCCCAGGUGGGCGCAGCGCAAGACAAGAUCCAGAUGUUUGACGAUGCCGUGCAGAACGUCAACCUUCAGAUGUCCAGGCUGAAGUCAGACCUGCGAGUAUCGCAACAGGAGAAAGAGGCCCUGAAGCAGGAGGUGGUGUCGCUCCACAAGCACCUGCAGCUGGCCAACGACAAGAACCGGGUCCUGGAAGUCGCCACGCACUCAGCCGGUCUCCAGAGCCAGCAGAAGAAGCUGUGCCGGGAUGAGCUGGGCCAGGUGCUCAAGCAGGAGCAGCAGCUGCUGAGGCAGGAGAACGAGCGCCUUCAGCGGGAGACCCAGAGCGCCAAGUCGGAGCUGACCCACUCCCGGGACAAGGUACGGCAACUGGAAUCCACGAUCCUGACCCUGAAGCACCAGAAGGUUCAUGGCCAGGCGGGGCUCGUGAAGGCCAUCGAACAGGAGAAGCUGAGCCUGAAGAGGGAGUGUGAGCGGCUGCAGAAGGAGCUGGCGGCCGCCAACAGGAAGAUCACCCAGAUGAAUUCCCUCGAGCGUGAGCUGCAAACCAUCAAUUCCGAAAAUGAAGGCUUGAGGAAAAAGCAGGUCAAGCUGGAUGACCAGCUGCUUCACCCGAACUCCAGCGGGACGCGUGGCCCGCCCCAGCCUCCUCGCGACGGGCCGCAGCUCCAGCAGCCGGGCCGUGCCGCGGUCCCCUGGGACGAGUUCCCCCAGGCCGAGCGGCGGGGUCAGCGCCUGCAGGAGGAGGCCGAGAGCCGGCCCGUGGAAACGAACAUGCCGCAGGUCGCACCUGAGCAGCUGCUGCAGACCAUGGAGAAGCGCUUGAUGGAUGUGGAGCGACAGCUCAGGCUGGUGAAACUGCUUCUCCAAGACAAAGUCAAUCAACUGAAAGAGCAGCUUGCCAAGAACAGCAGAGCUGAUGAAAUGGUGAAGGACCUCUAUGUCGAGAACGCCCAGCUGCUGAAAGCUCUGGAGGUGACGGAGCACAGACAGAAAACCGCGGAGAAGAAGAACUACUUGCUUGAAGAAAAGAUCACGAAUCUCAGCAGGAUCGUGAAGAACCUGACUUCGCCCACGCUGGCCUCCGCGGCCUCGCUGGGGUCGUAGCAGCCGAAGUCCCGCCUCUGCACAGCUCGAGCACUUUACUGCCAUGUGCAAGAUUCUCCCGGUGUCUUCUGGACGUCGGUGAUGGAGUCCGUGCCCGGGACCCUGGGAGAGCCUCCGUUCUGUCCGUGCACACACCGAAUCCACACGCCCACGGAGGGCACGGUUUAGAGCACUGCCUCGGCGGAACGCCUUUCUAUGCAUGCUGGUUCUGCUGGACUGUGGGGCGAGCAAGUGGCGCACUGGAGAUUCAGCAGCCCCAGAGAGAGAGAGCGCGUGCCCCAGAUCCCUGCGGGGUGACUGGCCAUCCCCUGCUCCCCAGCACAAGCCCGGCCAGUCUUUCCGAGGCUCACCGGUGCGUUGCUGGAGGCUUGGGGGCCAUUGCACUGUGCAUACCAAUUGGGACUUGUAUCACCAACCCUGAAGGACCAGAUCCGGUUCUCCAUCACAAAGGGAUUAGAGCCAUCAGGGAGUCCGUGAAAGCCUUGCGCAUAAAUGUGUCGAAUACAGUGGCACCUCGGCUCACAAACCUAACCCGUUCCAUGGCUCUAGUCUCGACCCAAACUGGUUGUGAGCCAAGUCAAAUUUCCCCAUAAGGUUCAAUGUAAACAAGGUUAAUCUGUUCUGUAACUUUUUUUUUAACUCACAAAAAUUUGAAGCAAAGUGACAAAGAACAACAAAGAUCGCAGCCAUCCCCCCCCCCCCCCCCGGCCCCCAGCACGACCGCGAUCGCGCCCGUGUUCCUUGCACGAGCACGACCGCAACCCUGGGCAUAGAUGGCCGUGGUCACGCUCGGGCAGGGAGGACGGGUGCGAUCGCGGCCAUCUCCCCACCCCCCAAGCAUGAUCGCAG